AAGUUAUUUGAAGUCCGCCUUCCCUCCCGAACCCCACCACACCACCACCCCCAUUCCCUCUGCUCCAUCAAUCUUCGUUCAGAUUCACACUCCAACCCCUAAUUUUUCUAAACCUAAUUUACAAUUCAGAAGUGUUAAUUUGAGCCCUAAGUCUCCUUUUGUUUCUAAUUAUGUCGUCCAUUUCGAAGAAAUAGUCCUGCCCCGAAAUCGCUUUCUGCUUGAUUCAAUCGAUCGUCGUCUCUGCACCUCUCUCGGGUUCGAAUUUAAAUCCUCGGAGCUUCUGGUUCUAGCUGUAGCAAAUUUGGGGGAGUUUACCAGUUUUCGCGACUCGUUCUAGGUGGCACCUCUUCGGGUUAUUGAAAAAAUUGCCCCGAUUUUUGUUUUUUCCAAGAGCUAUUCGACGUGGGUUUUCUUUGGCGUUUGAGGGUUUGCAAUGGAGUACGGGCCUUCUGAUAGCAGCGGUACAGAUGAUGAUCUUCCACCUUCUCAUCAAAAUAGAUUUCAACGAGCAGGUCGUGCUUCUGGCAAUGGACGAUCUGCACAAGUUGGUUCGGCUCCAUUACCUAGGAUUCAUAAUGACAUGGAAACUCAGAUCCACCUCAUUGAGCAAGAAGCGUACUGUUCAGUUCUUCGUGCCUUUAAAGCACAAUCAGAUGCCAUCACUUGGGAUAAGGAAAGUUUAAUUACUGAAUUAAGAAAGGAGUUGAGGGUAUCUGAUGAGGAGCACAGAGAGCUUCUUUCUAGGGUUAAUGCUGAUGACAUCAUCCGGAGGAUAAGGGAAUGGAGAAAGGUUAGUGGGCUUCAACCGGGCAUGCUUAGUACUCCUCAACCUGUUCAUGACCCAAUACCUAGUCCUACUGUCUCAGCAUCACGCAAAAAACAGAAAACAGCGCAGUCUGUAGCUUCGAUGUCUAUUGGUGCUCCAUCACCAGCACUGCCUCCAUCUAUGCAGCCGUCCUCGUCAGCUUUGAGACAAGGGCCUCCUCCAGGUGCUCGGAACAAGAAACCAAAAUCUUACCCUUCUGCAGGUCUUACUGGAAGAGCUCAAGCCACUAAUCGAGGUUCCUCAGGUGCCUUUCCAACAACUGAAGCUGCUGAGGGAGCUGCUUUUGAUCCAUUGAUAGGAAGAAAAGUUUGGACAAGGUGGCCUGAAGACAACCACUUCUACGAGGCUGUUAUAACUGACUACAACGCUCUUGAGGGCCGACAUGCUUUGGUUUAUGAUAUUAGUACGGCAAAUGAGACAUGGGAAUGGGUUAAUCUCAAAGAGAUUUCUCCUGAAGAUAUUCGAUGGGAAGGUGACGAUCCUGGGAUUAUUCGUAAAGGCAGUCGCCCUGGACCUGGCCGAGGGAGUAAGAAGUCCAUGACACGUGGCGGCGCAGUUCCUGGUGCCGGAAGGGGUAGAGGAACCGCAAAGGGUCCGCCUAAAAAGGGUUUCCCUUUACAACAGAAUGGUAUUGGGAAGAAGAGUAUGGGUGAUAUAGAAAUACUUCACACGGACACGUUGAUUAAGGAGGUUGAAAAAGUUUUUGGUGCUAGCCAUCCCGACCCAAUGGAAAUUGAGAAGGCAAAGAAAGUCCUGAAAGACCAUGAACAAGCUCUAGUUGAUGCAAUAGCGAAGCUUGAAGAUGCAUCUGACGGUGAGAGUGAUGAGAGAGAGCAUCCUUUUUCUCAAGGACAAUCAAUGGACCAUGAAAGAGGAUGGAGGAUGGGCGAGGGUCGAGAAGUUGAAGGAUCCAACGGUGAUAAAAUGGCGAGGGAAGGAAGACUCGCAUCAGACAAUCAACGUUACGAGGGCAAUGACAUGUAACAUUUAGGUUCUUGGCUUGGGUUGUGCUCAUCACAGCACCCCCAACCAACUAAAAAUAUGUAUUUGUAUGUGUCAGAUGCUAGUUUAGUUACUCAAGAAAGACAAGAAGCAGGCUUAUAUUUUCUUUUCCGUUGUGUUUAGGAGUAGGUUUUUCAUUUUGUUGUAACUAGUAAGUUUUAACUUAAAGCCAGAGGAAAAUGCUGUGUAAAAAAUUUUUUGUAACAAAUGACAGUUAGAAUCUUGUAAAGAUUGUCUCUUAUCUUCUAA